GCAAAACUUUGGCGAGAUGAUAAUUACAGCAAAAUUGGUUGCCAUCGGCCUGAGCCUGGCAUUGACUGCAUUCACAGUAUCGACUAUUGUGUUGGCCGUGCAGAAGGCUGAUCUAAAGAAAGAUCUACGCGAGGCUCAGGAGAAAUUGGAUCUCUUGGAAGCGGGUUUGCAAACAUCAACAGUGGCACCACCAACAUCGACUAGUAGUAAUCCCACUGCAGAUCCCGGAGAAUCUUCUUCCACUGCAGACCCAGGACAAUCCACUCCCACGCCAGCUCCCGGGGAAUCUUCAUCCACUGCAGAUCCAGAGCAAUCCACGUCCACAGCAUCUCCAGGGGAAUCUUCAUCCACUGCAGAUCCAGGGCAAUCCACGUCUACAGCAGCUCCCGGGGAAUCUUCUUCCACUGAACAACCAGGAGAAUCGUCGACUACAUCUACUACUACCACAUCACCGGAUGAGGAAAUCAAUUAUCGUUUGCCAAGUGAUUUAGCUCCCACCCAUUAUGAUCUUUAUCUAUUUCCGGAUACCGAGACGGGUCUGUUCAGUGGACAGGAAAAAAUUACCAUUAGCGUUAACGAAGCCACAGAUAAGAUUAUUUUGCAUUCGUUGUACUUGAAUAUAACCAGUCAAUCUGUACUCAAAUCGGACGGCUCGUCAGUGGAAAUCAAAGGAGAUCUCAUAUUCGAUUCGGUUACUGAAUUCUUAACUAUUGAAUUGUCAGAACAAUUGACGAAGGGCAGUACAAUAACUUUGCAUUUGGGAUUUGAGGGUUCGAUGGCCGACAAAAUUGUUGGGCUGUACAGUUCGUCGUAUUUGAAGGCAGACGAUAUUCGCAAAUGGAUAGCCACAUCGAAAUUUGAGCCCACAUAUGCUAGACAGGCAUUCCCAUGCUUUGAUGAGCCAGCAAUGAAGGCCAGCUUUAGGAUUACACUGGUGCAUCCCGUCGAUGGGAACUAUCAUGCUCUUUCCAACAUGGACAUUGAUUCGGAAGUUAAUCAAGGUGCCUUUACAGAAGUCACUUUUUCGGAGAGUGUACCAAUGAGCACUUAUUUGGCAUGUUUCAUUGUUUCUGAUUUCACGGCCAAGCAAGUGGAGAUUAAUACCAAGGGCAUUGGGGACCCCUUCACCAUGAGUGUGUAUGCCACACCUGAGCAACUGGAUAAAACAGAUUUUGCCUUAGAUGUGGGCAAAGGUGUUAUUGAGUAUUAUAUUGAAUACUUCCAAAUUGAAUAUCCAUUGCCCAAACUCGAUAUGGCAGCCAUUCCUGACUUUGUCUCGGGGGCCAUGGAACACUGGGGCUUAGUCACCUAUCGUGAGACGUCUCUGUUGUACGAUGUUGAGACAAGUUCGACAACAAACAAACAGCGAAUUGCCAGUGUGAUUGCCCAUGAAUUUGCUCAUAUGUGGUUUGGUAAUCUGGUUACUAUGAAUUGGUGGAAUGAUCUUUGGCUAAACGAAGGCUUUGCCAGUUUUAUAGAGUAUCUCGGUGUAGAUUCUGUUUUCCCUGAAUGGCAAAUGCGCAAUCAAUUCAUCACUAGCACCUUGCAUGCUGUACUCACGUUGGAUGGCACUCUAGGUUCUCAUCCAAUUAUACAAACUGUUAAGAACCCCGAUCAGAUAACAGAAAUCUUUGACACCAUUACGUAUUCCAAGGGUUCGUCCUUGGUGCGUAUGGUGGAAGACUUUCUGGGCGAGACAACUUUCCGUCAGGCAGUUACCAACUAUCUGAAUGAGUAUAAAUAUAAGACAGCAGAAACCGCAGACUUUUUUGCGGAAAUAGAUAAAUUGGGUUUGGGCUAUAAUGUCACCGCAAUUAUGGAGACCUGGACUGUGCAGAUGGGCUUACCUGUCGUCACGAUAGAAAAAAUCUCAGACACUGAAUACAAAUUGACACAGAAGCGUUUCUUGGCCAAUCCGAAUGACUAUAAUGAAGACCACGAUUAUUCGGAAUUCAACUACCGUUGGUCGAUUCCCAUCACAUAUGCGACCAGCGCAAGUGCGACGGUCCAGCGCGUUUGGUUUUAUCACGAUCAGAGCGAAAUCACUGUAACCCUGACCAGCGCUGUGGAUUGGAUCAAGUUCAAUAUUGACCAGGUGGGCUACUAUCGUGUCAACUAUGAUGACUCAUUGUGGGAGGUUCUGGCCAAUGAACUUGUGGCUAAGCCAAAAAGCUUUAGUGCCGGAGAUAGAGCCUCGUUGUUAAAUGAUGCGUUCGCCCUGGCCGACUCUACACAAUUGCCCUAUGCCACAGCUUUCGAUAUGACUAAAUAUCUGGAAAAGGAAACGGACUAUGUGCCGUGGAGUGUGGCCGCCUCGAGAUUGACAUCCCUGAAGCGCACAUUAUACUACACUAGUAGCUACAAGAAAUACAAGGCAUAUGCAACAGAGUUGAUUGAACCAAUAUACACAUCCCUUGGCUGGUCAACGGAUGAAGAACAUCUCAACAAUCUUCUUCGUGUUACCGCUUUGAGUGCUUCGUGCUCGUUGGGCCUGGAGGCAUGCCUCACCGAGGUUGGCCUACAGUUCAAUAGCUGGUUGGCCAAUCCCGAUGUACGCCCCAAUCCUGAUGUGCGUGAGGCUGUCUACUAUUACGGCAUGUUGUCGGUGGGCAAUCAGGAAACUUGGGAAUCGGUUUGGGACUUGUUUGUAAAUGAGACUGAUGCCAGCGAGAAGUCCAAGUUGAUGUACGGAUUGGCAGCUGUCCAAGAGCCAUGGUUGCUUCAGCGUUAUAUCAAUCUGGCCUGGAAUGAAGAAUAUGUGAGGGGUCAGGACUACUUUACCUGUCUCAGCUAUAUAGCAGCCAAUCCGGUGGGUGAGCCACUUGUUUGGGAGCAUGUACGUGAGAACUGGUUGCAAUUGGUCGAACGUUUCGGCCUGAACGAACGGUAUUUGGGCAAUCUAAUACCCUCGAUAACAGCUCGUUUUAAUACACAAACCAAGCUCGAGGAGAUGGAAUAUUUCUUUGAGAAAUAUCCUGAAGCCGGAGCUGGCACUGCGGCCCGUGUACGUGCUCUGGAGACAGUGAAAAACAACAUUGUGUGGCUUCAAGAGAAUUUAGAUAGCGUUGACGCCUGGCUGGACAAGCAACAACAGACCAAAUACGUUGCUGGCCAGUCCCCUUUUCAGUUACUUGCGGCAUUUGGAAUUGCGAAGAUGUUUUUGUCGAGUUAUUGGUUGCAGGUGAUAUUAAGUUGGGCCGUGGUGGCCUUUGCCACGGCCACCGUUGUGGUUGCCGUGCAACUUGCCAAUUUGGAGGCCGAUUUGGCAGAUGUGCAGGCCAAAAUAGACAUGUACGAGUCAUUGAGUGGCAGAACCAGUGACUUGGCCAAGGAUCGUGUGCGACGUGAUGAUGAGAUUGAUUAUCGCCUGCCCACUACACUGGAGCCCACGCACUAUAAACUCUAUUGGCAUCCAGAUAUUGCGACAGGCAACUUUAGUGGACAAGAAACCAUCAGUAUUAAUGUGCUGAAGGAUACAAAUCAAAUUAUUUUGCACUCCUAUCUGCUGGAGUUGACAAGCGUCUAUGUGUUGAACCAUGAAAUUGAUAAUUACGUCUUGGAAACCGAGCGUCAGUUUCUAAUUAUAACCAUGAAGGAAGAAUUGACAGCUGGUUCAACCAUUACCUUGGGCUUGAUUUUCAAUGGCCAAAUGGUGAACAAAUUGGUCGGUCUCUACAGCAGCAUUUAUACAACAGAAGCCGGAGAUCCAAGAACUAUUGCCACUACGAAAUUUGAACCAACAUACGCUCGACAGGCAUUCCCCUGCUUUGAUGAACCAGCCAAGAAGGCCACUUUCCAAAUUACAGUCGUCCAUCCCACUGGCUCUUAUCAUGCUGUCUCCAAUAUGCCGCAAUCGGAAUCUAUUUAUUUGGGUGAAAAUACUGAAGCUGUUUUCCAAACUAGCGUUAAGAUGAGUACCUACUUAGCUUGCAUCAUUAUCUCUGACUUUGAUUCCAAGACCGCAACUGUGAAGGCCAAUGGCAUAGGAGAAGAUUUCUCUAUGCAAGCCUAUGCCACACCGCAACAGUUGGAGAAACUUCAGUUUGCCAUCGAUUUUGGAGUUGCUGUAACCGAGUAUUAUAUUCAAUACUAUAAAGUACCAUACCCACUACCCAAAUUGGAUAUGGCUGCCAUACCAGACUUUGCAUCUGGAGCCAUGGAGCAUUGGGGCUUAGUUACCUAUCGAGAGACAGCUCUGUUGUACGAUGAGAGCUACAGUUCUACUGCCAACAAGCAGUCUAUUGCCGGUACUUUGGCUCAUGAGAUAGCCCAUCAGUGGUUUGGAAAUCUGGUCACCAUGGAUUGGUGGAAUGAUCUCUGGCUAAACGAGGGUUUCGCCCGUUUCAUGCAGUACAAGGGUGUAAAUGCCGUUUUUCCCGCAUGGGGAAUGCUGGAGCAAUUCCAAAGUGCCACUCUGCAAUCCGUCUUGGUAUAUGAUGCUAAACUCUCGUCGCAUCCCAUUGUUCAGGAGGUGAAAACACCGGAUCAAAUUACUGCAAUUUUUGAUACGAUUAGCUAUGAUAAGGGGGGUUCGGUUAUUCGCAUGUUGGAGAAUCUUGUGGGCUCGGAAAUCUUUGAGCAGGCUGUUACCAACUAUCUGGAAAAACAUCAGUACCUAAACACAGUGACCGAUGACUUCUUGUCGGAGGUUGCUGCUCUAUAUACCGCAACUGACGUGAAAUUAUUGAUGCGCACUUGGACCGAGCAAAUGGGCUAUCCAGUUCUAAAUGUGACCCGUAGCAGUGAUAGUGGUUUCACAAUUACCCAGCAACGUUUCUUGUCCAACAAGGUCAGCUAUAACGAGGAGUUCGAGACUAGUGUAUUUAACUAUAAAUGGAGUGUCCCAUUAACGUAUAUUCUUGAUACGUUUGAAAGUGGCCAAGAGGCUAGUAGUUUAAUCUUUGCUUAUGACCAGGAUUCAGUAGGCGUGACUGUGGAUUCUGAUGUAAAAUGGUUAAAGCUUAAUGUUCACCAAAUGGGCUUCUAUCGUGUCAAUUAUGAAGAGUCUAUUUGGAACUCAAUAACUCAGGAUUUGAUCACGAAUAUCAAUCGAUUUGAUAUAGCUGAUAGGGCGCAUUUGCUGGACGAUGCCUUUGCCCUGGCCGAUGCCAGUCAAUUGUCUUAUCGCAUUCCCCUUGAGAUGACCGCCUUCUUGGGUUUGGAGCGUGACUUUGUUCCUUGGUAUGUGGCAGCCGAAAAGUUUAAGACACUGCGUCGCAGUCUUAUGUAUGACGAUUCCUACGUUGCCUAUUUGAACUAUGCUCGUUCCGUGGUCAUUACAGUUUACCAGGAAGUGGGUUGGACAGUCGAUGCUGAUGAUCAUUUGAGAAAUCGCCUGCGGGUUUCCAUUAUCUCAGCAGCCUGUUCCUUAGGUUUGCCUGAUUGUUUGACCACAGCCGCACAGCUCUUUAAUAAUUACCUAAAUAAUCCAACGGAUGCCAAUAAACCAUCCCCUGAUUUGCGCGAAAUUGUCUACUACUUUGGUAUGCAACAAUUGAGCAGCGAAUCCAGUUGGGAGCAGCUAUUCGAUCUCUUCAAGAGCGAAACCGAUGCCAGCGAGAAACUAAAGCUUAUGUACGGUCUGUCUGGUGUUCAGGAUGCCCAAUUGAUUUAUCGUUUUCUGGAAUUGGCUUCUAAGGACGAGAGUGUGGUGCGAUCUCAAGACUAUUUCACUUGCGUUCAGUAUCUUGCCAAUAAUCCCGUUGGUGAGCCUGUAGUUUGGGAAUACUAUCGCGAGCAUUGGCCAGAAUUAACCGCCCGCUUCGAUCUGAACAACCGCAAUCUUGGCAGCCUAAUUUCUCAGAUCACUAAAUACUUUGCCAGCCAGGUGAAACUCGAGGAAGUUCAGCAAUUUUUUGCCAAAUAUCCGGAAGCCGGAGCUGGUGCGAAUGCCAGGUUGGUGGCCUUGGAAACGAUCAAGUACAACAUUCAAUGGCUGGAACAAAAUAGCGGCGAUAUCGGUGAAUGGCUAAGUGGCAUUUCCAGGCUAUAGAAUUGACCACCAAAAACCCCGUUGUAAACUUGUUUUAUCUAAUAAAUAUGCCUAAAUAGUCGUAAUUUCCAUUGCAUAAUCAAAUGUCCCUAAAGAGUUCAAUAAAACAAGAAUAAACACCAAAAUCAAA